ACAAUUCCUGGAUCAGUUGCUGCCUUUCCCUCCAUUCGCUCCUUCGCUCUUUCCAGGUUUUCUUCUUUCCUUCUUUAUUAUUCUCUCUUUUUUUUUUUUUUUCUCUACUGUCUUUAAGAUCUGUUCUUUACUUCCAAAUUUGUUCGCAAAAGUUUUUUUUAAAGCCUAAAUCUAUACUUAAGAGUUUACACAAGCAUGAUGGCUAGAGCAAAAAACAUAGUCCUUAAGGACGUAGAAGGAAACUAUAUUGAAAAAUUUGCUGCUUUAAUGGGAUAUAGAGAUUUGUUGAAGAGCAAUGGCCUCACGCCGCUUAUGCACACCGCCAAACUCGGCCAUGCCGGUGUAGUUAAGGCGUUGCUUGAGGCUGGUGCGCCAUGGAACGCACUUUCUCCAUCAAAUCUCUCCGAUGGAACUCAAGCUGAGUUGAUUUUGAGAACCAUUGUGAGGAAAGUAGAAAAGGAUGGUGAUUCUAAUGAUGCUUACGGGGAAGAUAGGGGAGUGCCUUCACUUUGCUUCUCAAAGAUAAGCAUAGCCAUUGGAGCCACACGGAUGAAUAGCGCAAAAGCUGUUUGCUCUAGAGGUGGUCGUAUGCUAAACAUUGGAUUUGGAAUGGGCCUUGCUGAUACAGCCAUUCAACAGUAUGCUCCAGCCACACACACAAUUGUAGAGGCCCAUCUAGAGGUCUAUUCACGCAUGCUUCGCACUGGUAUUUUCUUUGACACAUGUGGAGAAUAUUAUGAAGAUCUUCGGGAGCUUCAUCAUCAUCUUCCUAAGCUAUUGAAGCCUGGAGGAAUAUACUCAUUCUUCAAUGGCCUUUGUGGAGACAAUGCAUUCUUCCCUGUUGUUUACUACCAUCUAGUUUUGCUAGAGCUUGAGAAUUUGGGCUACUCAACACAAUUAAUCCCCUUGCCUGUUAAGGAUUGCUUGAGAGAAAAAGUUUGGCAAGGUGUGAGACAUAAGUAUUGGCAGCUUGAUACAUAUUACCUUCCUGUUUGUUAGUCUCAAUGGUACUCUGAAUGAUUUCGGCAUAUCUGUAAUGUUAGAAUCGGAACUGUGGAAUGCUAGUGUCAAGUAACUAUGAGAUGUCUUUUGUUAUCUGUUAUCGAUCUUCUUUUGCAAAGAAUGUGCUGCAGCCUUCUGGAUGAAAGCUAUACAAGUCCCGAACGGCACAAGGAGCAUUAGCCUGCUACACAACUAUACAAGGAUUGAGUUUAUCACCAAUUGCUCAACUGAUCUUGCAAUAACUUACAGUUUUAAAU